AUGAGAAAAAAUUAUAUAAUUAUUGAUGAUCGUGAAAGAUCUCGUUCAAAAGAAAAAUAAGUUAAACCAAUUUAAGUCAUAGAUUUAGAAGAAUCAUGUUAUUCUUUAGAUAAAGGUGAUAUAAUAGGAGGAAAGUACAAAUAUUUAGAGAGAAUUAAUGAAGGAACCUUUGGAAGAGUUAUCAAAGUUAGAGAUGUUUAAUCAAAUAAUUAACGUGCUUUAAAAGUAAGAUUAUUUUUUAUAAGUAGAUUAUUAAAAACUCAUUUCAUGAUUAUGAAAAGGAAUACUAAGCAGUAUAAUUUUUAAAUUUAUUCCCUAAAUUAAUUGACCAUCCUGGUAGACAUCAUAUAGUAAAAGUAUAUGAUUUUUUUUAUCACAAAUAAUGUCAAUGUAUUCUAAUGGAAGCCUUAGGUCCAUCUCUAUAUGAAUCCUUAAUAAAAAAAAGAUUUACAUAAUAAUAAAUCAAAUCUAUCAUGUAGUAAUUAUUAAAUGCAAUUGAUUAUAUGCAUGAGCUUUAAUAUCUUCAUACUGAUAUUAAAUUAGAAAAUAUUCUCUUUAAAUCAUAAUUUGAUGAAGUUAAUGUCAAAAUAAUAGACUUUGGAAAUGUUGUUUAUGGCAGACAAUUUUAUAAAGGAUUAGUUAAUACUGAAGAAUAUAGAGCACCUGAAGUUAUUUUGGGUCUUGAAUGGAAUUCAAAAUAAGAUAUUUGGUGUCUUGGAUGUUUAAUGCAUGAAAUGUUUUUCUAAAAAGAAUUAUUUGGUAAACUAAAAAAUAAUAACUAAAAACAUUUAUUGAUGAUUGAAUAUUUAAAUGGUCCAUUUCCAUAAUGGAUGAUUUAAGAUUCUAAAUUUUUUUCAAAAGGUAAAGUAAUUUCAGAUUAAUAUAUGAGAUAAGGAAUUUCAUUUUCUCAUCUUUAAGAUAUUAAUAUUCAUUCUUCAUUCAUUGAAUUAUUAAGAUGGAUGUUGAAAACUGAUCCAAAAGAAAGACCAUCUGCUAAAGAAUUACUGAAACAUAAUUAUUUUAAAAUAUGA